AUGAUAAGGUGGCAGAAGUUCUUCGUUUUUCUAUCGUAUGUGUUGAUCCAACAGUUGAAAUCUCGUAAGAUAGUGCCCGACCUAAAUGACGAAAUUGUGAAAAUUUCAAUUCUACUUUCUCUAUCAUCGACGCCCACCACCACCCUCACCAUCUUCUCCACGCCGGACUCCGCCUUCUCCACUUUCGGUCAGCCGUCUCUCGCCCACCUCCUCCUUCACUUCUCCCCCUUCUCUCUCUCUCCCCAAUCCCUCCUCUCCCUGCCCUUCUCCUCCACAGUCCCGUCCCUCUCCCCCGUCAGCCACCUCGUCGUGACCUCCGGCCAGCCUGAACAAAUAUCCAUCAACAACGUCGAAUUCUCUGAUACCCCCAUUUUCGACGACGGAUUUGUGUUCGUCUACGCAAUUGACGGGCGUGCCAGAUUUGCUGCCGAGAUUAAUUACUUUUCAGCUCACAGACGAACAAAUCACCUCGGUUCAGGAGACUAUAGAGAAUUCGAAAUGAUUCCGGGUUUUGCAGUGCUAUUCCUCUGUUUUACUCAUCGGCCAACCGAUAUGUUUUUUCUGUCAGAUGAGAAGAGAGGUGAAAAUGGAGACUCGAAGGCUUUCAAUCAAAAGGCUAUGGAAGACAUAGCUGAAUCAUCUGGGCUUAAUGGUUAA